AUGGCGGCCCCAGUUGGAGCGCAGGCCCGGAAACUUCUGAGAGACCUGGCGCUCCGGCCCCCGCUCCUGGCGGCCAGGUCCCAGGUGGUUCAAUUAACCUCCAGAAGAUGGCUGAACCUGCAGGAAUACCAGAGUAAGAAAUUAAUGUCUGACAACGGAGUGAAAGUUCAAAGAUUCUUUGUUGCAGACACUGCCAAUGAAGCUCUCGAGGCUGCUAAGAGACUAAAUGCAAAAGAAAUUGUUUUAAAAGCCCAGAUCUUAGCUGGUGGAAGAGGAAAAGGUGUCUUCAGCAGCGGUUUGAAAGGAGGCGUUCAUUUAACAAAAGACCCUAAAGUUGUGGGACAGCUGGCUAAACAGAUGAUUGGAUAUAAUCUAGCAACAAAACAAACUCCGAAAGAAGGUGUGAAAGUUAAAAAGGUGAUGGUUGCUGAAGCCCUGGACAUUUCCAGGGAAACCUAUUUGGCCAUUCUGAUGGACCGGUCCUGCAAUGGCCCCGUGCUGGUGGGCAGCCCUCAGGGGGGCGUUGACAUUGAAGAGGUGGCAGCUUCGAAUCCAGAACUUAUUUUUAAGGAGCAAAUUGACAUUAUUGAAGGGAUAAAGGACAGCCAAGCUCAGCGGAUGGCAGAAAAUCUAGGCUUCCUCGGGCCUUUGAAAAACCAGGCUGCAGAUCAAAUUAAGAAGCUAUACAAUCUCUUCCUGAAAAUUGAUGCUACUCAGGUGGAAGUGAACCCCUUUGGUGAAACUCCAGAAGGACAAGUUGUCUGUUUUGAUGCCAAGAUAAAUUUUGAUGACAAUGCAGAAUUCCGACAAAAGGAUAUAUUUGCUAUGGAUGACAAAUCAGAGAAUGAGCCCAUUGAAAAUGAAGCUGCCAGAUAUGAUCUAAAAUACAUAGGACUGGACGGGAACAUUGCCUGUUUUGUUAAUGGUGCUGGACUCGCCAUGGCUACCUGUGACAUCAUUUUCCUGAAUGGUGGGAAGCCAGCCAACUUCUUGGAUCUUGGUGGUGGUGUAAAGGAAUCUCAAGUAUAUCAAGCAUUCAAAUUACUCACAGCCGAUCCUAAGGUUGAAGCCAUCCUAGUCAAUAUUUUUGGUGGAAUUGUCAACUGUGCCAUCAUUGCCAACGGGAUCACCAAAGCCUGCCGGGAGCUGGAACUCAAGGUGCCACUGGUGGUCCGGCUUGAAGGAACCAAUGUCCACGAGGCCCAGAACAUUCUCAGUAACAGCGGACUCCCCAUCACUUCAGCUGUCGACCUGGAGGAUGCAGCCAAGAAAGCUGUGGCCAGCGUAGCUAAGAAGUGA